CCUCACUGUACUUUUUCAUUCAGUUUGUUAUUGCGGCUCGCGCGAAAAUGCGGCUUCUUUUAACGCUAUUUACGCUAAUCUGUGCAACUUGUGCCACAAAAUUCAACUACCCACGAAUUCUACUGCCAACAUUUGAGCAUAUUUCCGUGAAUUUCACCGUAGAAAUCAUUGAAAGAGGAUGCUUCGCCUGGUCCACCUCACGAUCAGACCUUGUACAGAUCACUCCGGUGUUCGAUGAAGUCAAUCCGGAAUGUUCGCACACGGCAGUUGUGACGUCUGUCUCGCGGGAACGGAAGCGCAAUACGGCUGUUGUCCUUGCGGAGAAUCUUGCAACGGGGGAUGUGGCGAGAUGUGAUGUCAUCCUCGAUGUUAUUGACCAACUUGGGGUUCUCACGACAACGAGGGAGCUGUAUUUGGAAGAAGCACCGGAGAGUUUUGAAUUGAUGGCUCUGGAUUCGCAGGGAAAUGCCUUCACGACACUCGAGGGCGUUGAGUUUACAUGGCAAAUCUACUCUCAGCACCAUCACACAUCUGAUAAAUCCAGCAAUGUGGGCAAGGACAAUUGGCGGCAAGUUCUGCGCUUCCUGACCUUUUCCGAGAGCAACUACCAUCAAGUCCCAAAGAGUAUGGAACGAUUUGAAUUUCUUGGGCUCACGGGGCAUAUGAUUCUCUUGGAAGGCAUCAAUACGGGUUCGGCAAAAGUGAGGGUGUCCCUGCCGUACAAGGAGUACUCCCAUGUUCCCUCAAUUGAGGUGGAUAUCAUGAUUCUGGCCAAUAUUCUCCUCAGCCCGUCAGAUGUUCACCUUCUCACGGGGGACACCAUUGAAUUCCGGGUGUUUCAGCUGAAACGCGGCAAAUUGGAGGAGAUUACACUUAAUAGUCAAUACUACCUCGAAGUUGAGGAUACAAAUCUCCUGGCUAUUCAGGGAAAUCUCGCCAAGGGCCUCCAACUUGGGCGUACCGGUGUGAUUCUCAGGGAUAGAAACAUCCCUCAUGAGAGUGAUGAAAACACAUUGCAACCAUCACCACCUAGAGCAACUGUCACCGUGUCCAAUGCGGCAAAAAUUGGCAUCAGCCUCCUUCCGUAUAAUAGUUGGAUAACCGUUGAGGAGGAAAGGCAUGAAAUUGCCAUUGAUUUGUUCACGUCGGAUGAUCAGAAAAUUACUCUUGGAAGUACCUUCUCUGUGGACUCCUCAUUCGAUGUGACGUACUUCCAGCCAUUGGACACCACUGCCAAUGGGACACGAAUUCACGGAGAGACCAUCCAGAGGGGUACCACACCUGUUGUGGGAACAUUCAGGGACCUCACAGCUCGAGCUGAAAUGCAAAUUUAUGAAAAGUUAAAACUCUCACCGCAAUUUGUGCUCAUUCCCUACGAUCCCAACUCGUCGAAACGGCAGAAAGUUGAAUUUCUCGCCACUGGAGGAGAUGGAAAUUUUGUCUGGUCCAGCUUGAAUACCAACCUGGUGGUCGUGAAUCAGAAUGGUGUUGCUGAAACACGCCUGGACAAUGUUAAAGGACUUCAAAUGACUCAAGAGGGAUUGAAGAAUGUCCAUAAGUUGACACAAGUUCGCGUAGCUCUUGCACGAAACCCUAAAAUCUUCAAAUCCGCUGAUAUUCUCUUCAGCCCGCCUGUAAAGUUGGAAAUUGUGCGGUACAACUUUGAAACAGCCCUCAAUGACUACGUGCAAGUGCAUGUGGCUCUAUAUGCAAUGGUCAAUGAUACCCUCCGACCAUUUACUCACUGCGAAAAUGUAGAUUUCUCCAUGAGCUCCAGUCAACUCUUUACCCCCGAAGCACCAAAAGAGCUCAUUCCACUCGAAAGGGAUGCAUGCAAAUUAAUUAAUUUGCGUGCAAAGAACUUGGGAAGUACGGCUUUUGAAGUUUCCUACAAAUUCUCCGGAGCCACCCUGUCGGAUAGUAUUAAUUUGGUUGUUUUUGAACGACUUGGAAUCCUCAAUCCACAAAAUAAUGAAAUUGUCCUUCCAAUUGGUUCAUCGAGGAAUGUUAUCUACCACAAUGGACCGCAGAAGCUCUUCCACGUUGCUGCGGAACUCCUGUCGAAAGUUUCCUACACAAAAAGCUUGAUUUCCGUCGUGAAGACCCCAACUGGGAGUCAGGAUAAGACAGCUUUUAGGAUUCUCUGCAAGAAAGUUGGUGAGACGGAUUUUCACUUUGAGAUCUACAACAGUUUGUCCGGAGAACGGCAUCGACCGUACAUUUCGGAAUUCGUGACGAGAGUUUUCUGCGUGAAGCCACGCUUCUUGAGACUUUCAUCGCGUGAGCAACUACGCGAGAGCUGCCCAUUGAAGAAUCGAAUGUCCCUCAUGCAAAUUCAAGGAUCCUCAAAGCGUUUGGAAGUUGAUAUUGAGGUGUUUGAUGCGGCAAAUCGUCGUCUAGCUAAUAUUUCCUCCCUCCACCUUGACUGGGAAUUUCUCCAUGGAUCAGAUCAAUUGAAUGACAUUGAAUUCCUGCAGGAGAGUCAAGUUGAUCACGUGGAGGAUAUUCCAAUACCCAGUAGGGACAUCCUCCAUCUCCCACCGCCUGAAGUAUCGACGGAUUUUCGAAUUCGUGGCCAAGUUAGCAAGUACAAUGGGAAAAUCCUCACAGAGAAUAAUAUCAAAGCAGAACAGCCGCAUUUUAGUGUACAAAAGACACCAAUGGACGAUCCAGUUAAGCCAAUAAUUGAGGACGAACUCAGCUUCUUGGCUGUCAAUCACACCCUCCUGCCUUACAACGAUGUAUCCAUUUACUUGGGCCAGAAGACACCGACAAAGGUGCAAAUUCUCCAAGGAAGUGGCUUCUAUGAGACAAAACUGGCAGAAAGUGGAAUUGUGGAUGUGCAAUUUGAUGGGAACUUCAAAGAGCUCACCAUUGUACCCAAGAGGAUUGGUCAGGUUCGUCUAAGCUUGAUGGAUCGUUGCCUUACAACAGAAGCCAAUUAUCUCAUGAUCUCUGUUGUCUCCAUUGGACGGAUUGACAUUAAAAUGCCCGAUAGGGUGGAGAAGACGAAAAAUAUUGAGGCAAUUGUGACACUUUAUGAUUCAAAUGAUCGAAUUCUAACGAUUGACUAUGAAAAUCUGGCCAUUUAUGAGCUUAGCGAGGAGAUCUUUCAUCCAAGUGUUCUGUCUGUUCACCUGGGAGGACGUCAGAGUGGUCUCAAUGUUGGAGAAAUUCGAUAUGAUGUGACUGGGCAGGAAUUGGGUGAGACAACACUGGUGGUGAGUUCGGGGACAAAUGAGAGGAGAAUCUCAAGUGUUCCUGCACUCAUUCAAGUUUUCCCACCAUUGCGCCUUCAUCCGCGGAAUGUGACAAUUGUUGUUGGGGCAUCGGUGCAAAUUUACGCCACAGGUGGUCCCCAUCCGGAUGUUAAUGUGGUGUACAGCAUUGGGAAAGGGGAUGUAAUAACAUUGGAGGGGAGUGUGGUGCGUGGAGAGAGAUUGGGGGAGACAACGGUGAUUGGGAGGGCAAUGGGAAUUAAUCCACGGGAUGGACAGGCGAUUGUUUUCUCCGAAGAUGUGGUUCAUGUGAGGGUUGUUCCAUUGGAUGGGGUGAAGAUUCGAGCACCUCUUGUACGGCUGAGGAGUGGUGCAGUGAUGCCAGCUGCCAUAUGGGGUGUGCCGGAUCUCACACCAAUGAUUUUGGGCACAUUGGACACCCUCAAGGUUUACUGGUCAACCAAUCAACCGGAUGUCGUUGAAAUUGCGGGAGUUUUUGCGGAAAUUGGUGUGAAGUACUCGGAGAGAGAUGCAAUAAGUGUGAGGAUUCGUGGGAAGAGCCCCGGAAAGGCGACAGUCCAUGCAAAAGUCAUCACACCCCAUGGGAAUACACUUACAGCGAGGAUUGAAGUGAGUGUUUUCACAAUGUUGGAAUUGGAAACCCCAAAGCGCAUUACAUCGGACACAAUCCUCAUGCCACCGCAAUCAAAUCUCCAACUCAAAGCAAAUCUCGAUGAUGUUUCAUAUGCCGUGGAUACGAGUCAGAGGAAUUUUGUCACAGUGUCAAGUAGUGGGAUUGUUAAAUCAUCCGAAAAUAGUGGAUUGAGCCUUGUUGUGGCGACGGCGGACGAUCAGAGCUUGUCAAUUCCAAUUGAAGUUAAGCCCAUUCACUACAUUCUUGUCACAUUGCAUCCAGUUAAUCUCAAAUUGCGCUCAAUGGUGACAAAAAUCCCCCAAGGGUUGAAUGUUCGACUCAAAGUGAGUCUUCAUGAUAAUUUGGGGAAUGAAUUCUCCCACAAUUUGGACACAGCAACGAAUAUUCAAUGGAGACUGGCUCAGAGGGAUGUUGUGAAUGUCCAUGCGGGAGAUAAUUUCACCGUUGAUCUCGCACUAACACGUGAAACAUCCAAUAUGCUGGCAAUUGGGCUAAAGGAUCUUCAGGGUAUUAAGUAUAGUCAUGAUUACAUAAAGCUCGCCGUACAGCAAUCAAAGACAACCUUUCCGGAAGGAAGAAUCUUCACUGUUGGAGAUAUUAUUUGCUUCGAAUCUGCCCUCACGGCGACGGCAAGUUGGUUUAGUAGCGAUGACAGCCUCAUUUCCAUUGAUCAGGACACAGGUGUGGCCAUUGUAACGGCAACGGGAAGUGGAAAAGUCUCAGUCUUCCAUGGGAGUCAGAAUUUCAUUCAAGUAACCCACAAUCUUGAGCUACGGGAAGCAAAUCAAGUUUCCUUCAUCACAACCUUUGAUAUCUUCAACGGGGAACUCUAUCGGGCACCACUUGUCAUCAGGAAUCACAUUCAAACCACAAAGGCAUCAAAUCUCAUUAGUCUCAAUAGUUCCAGUUCGCCGCAGGUUGAGGUGAUUGCCAGCAAUUUCUUCACGUGUCACCUCCAUUCGCGUCACAGUGAUUUCAAGGAUCUGCCCGAAUUCUUCCGCACACAGGCUAUUUUUGACACCAAAACAACUUCCUAUGCAUGCCAAAUUGAACCACGUCGGAAGAUCAAUGAGAUAAUUGGUGUUGUGAAGAAUGAAGAGAUUAAUUUGGAGCUGGAAGCAAUUCUUCCGGCAGGGCAUUCAGAUACAAUUUCCCUUCGUCUCAUACCGGCAAUUUCCGUGGCACCCAAUACACUGGCUGUAGAUCAGAUUCCCAAUCAGGGUAUCUCCAUUACAGGACUCGAUAAAGUCCUCCAAAAGGUGGAGAUUCACUCGUCAGACCCAAAAGUUCUGCAAGUGGGCAAACUCGAGAAGACGCAGGGUAUGCUGCAGAGUCAACUGAAGCUGCUGUCAGCCCUGCCGGAUGAUGAGGGGGUUCAUCUGGAGAUCUCAUCCCCACUUACAAAGCAAACCAUUCAAGUGCCUAUCCUGUCUCCAAUGGCGGCAAGGAAGUGCUCAAGGCAACCCUUUAAUCUCGCCGGGGGACUAACGGAAAUCAUCUCGAAUUUAGGUCUUGUCAUUUCGGCCACAAUUAUUCUCGGUUUCAUUCUUUGGGCAUUUGUCAGCUAUUCAAAUCGAAGGCAAUCAAAUUUGAAUCCACAAGUCUUCAAUAGGACUGGCAUCGAUGACUCCAUGCAGUAUCGCCAGGGUUUGCUGGCGGCAUCACAACCAAAUGGAAGAUCAUCGCCGUUCCAACGAUCAUCACCCACAUCUUCCACAAGUCCAGGAAGCCCCCUUGGACAGUUCACAAUGCGACCAAGUCAGGUGGCUGAAGAUGCCACAAUUUACGGUGAUACGACACUUUUGUCGCCCCAGAGGAGAACCCAUAGGCGUUAUCUGUGAGUCAAGGCAUAGGAGGGUGUUUAAGGUUUAAGAUUAAGGUUAAAUUUACAACAAAAAAAAUUCGGCAGCGUGAUGCCUCCUCGAGAAAUUAAAAAAAAAAAGUGAAUUACCAACAACAAAAGAGGAGCUAUAUUUUGCCCAAAUGAGGUCAUUUUUAAAGACUUAAGACAUUGAAAUUUAUGUUUUUUUUUUAAAUAAAGAUAUUUUCUUUUGUAUAUUGCCCAAAGACUAAUUAAUUUCAUUAACGAGAAAAAGGGGGACUCACUUUUUAUUAUAACACAAAUUGAAUACAAUAAAGGGAAAAUGAAGAAUAAUCAGGGAUACUUAAUGGUAGAUUCUUUUUCUUUUUAAAUGAAAUGUUCAUAACUUUAAGUAAAAAAAUAAAUAAAACUUCAGUUUUCUAGCACAAAGUCACUGGAAAAUGAGAUUUCUUGUCAUUAUAUAAAUCUUAAAAAAAAUAAUUAAUUUUAAUUUAAGUAAUAAUAUAGAAUUAAGUGAAAAAAUGUUUAAUGUAAUAAAAUGAACUGUUGAAACUUUUGACACUGAAAUAAAUGAAAAUGAAAUUAAUAAAA